AUGGUGGCCACCGAGCAAGAGAAGACCCCUCUGCAGCAGAAACUGGAUGAGUUUGGCGAGCAGCUUUCUAAGGUCAUCUCCCUGAUCUGUGUUGCUGUGUGGAUCAUCAACAUUGGCCACUUUAAUGACCCAGUCCACGGAGGCUCGUGGUUCCGCGGGGCCAUCUACUAUUUCAAGAUCGCUGUGGCUCUGGCUGUGGCUGCCAUCCCUGAAGGCCUACCAGCUGUGAUCACCACCUGCCUGGCCCUGGGCACACGCCGCAUGGCCAAGAAGAAUGCCAUCGUCAGGAGCCUGCCCUCUGUGGAGACCCUGGGCUGCACCUCCGUGAUCUGCUCCGACAAGACCGGGACCCUCACCACCAACCAGAUGUGCGUCACCAAGAUGUUCAUCAUCAACAAAGUGGAGGCCGAUAGUGUAGCCCUCGCUCAAUUUGACAUUUCAGGCUCCAAGUACACGCCCGAGGGAGAAGUAACAAAGGGAGGCAUGUCUGUGAAAUGUGGCCAGUACGAUGGCCUUGUUGAGUUGGCAACUAUCUGUGCUUUGUGCAAUGACUCUUCUUUGGAUUACAAUGAGUCCAAAGGCAUCUAUGAGAAGGUGGGUGAGGCCACAGAGACUGCUCUAUGCUGCCUGGUGGAGAAGAUGAAUGUGUUCAACACUGAUGUCCAUGGCCUGUCCAAGGUGGAGAGGGCCAACACCUGCUGCUCUGUCAUCAAACAGCUGAUGAAAAAAGAAUUCACAUUGGAGUUUUCCAGAGACAGGAAGUCCAUGUCUGUUUAUUGCUGUCCUGCCAAGUCUUCAAAAGGCCCCGUGGGAAACAAGAUGUUUGUAAAAGGUGCACCUGAGGGUGUGAUUGACCGCUGUGCUUAUGUGCGUUUGGGCACUAACCGUGUGCCACUCACCGGCCCAGUCAAGGACCACAUCCUGUCUGUCAUCAAAGAGUGGGGCACAGGGCGAGACACCCUGCGCUGCCUGGCCUUGGCCACAUGUGACACACCUCUCAAAAGGGAGGAGAUGAACCUGGAAGACUCCACACACUUUGCAGACUAUGAGACAGAUUUGACCUUUGUUGGCUGUGUUGGCAUGCUGGAUCCCCCACGUAAAGAGGUCAGGAGCUCCAUUGAACUGUGCAGAGCGGCUGGAAUCCGUGUCAUUAUGAUCACCGGAGACAACAAGGGAACAGCUGUGGCCAUCUGCCGCCGCAUCGGCAUCUUCUCUGAAGAUGAAGAUGUGGCUGGCAAAGCCUACACUGGCCGUGAGUUUGAUGACCUGCCUUCAUAUGAACAGAAGACUGCUGUCAGAAAGGCCUGCUGCUUCGCCAGAGUAGAGCCCAGCCAUAAAUCCAAGAUUGUUGAGAUUCUUCAAGGCUUUGAUGAGAUUACUGCCAUGACUGGAGAUGGUGUGAACGAUGCCCCCGCCCUGAAAAAGGCAGAGAUUGGCAUCGCCAUGGGCUCUGGCACUGCCGUUGCCAAGUCUGCCUCUGAGAUGGUCUUGGCUGACGACAACUUUUCUUCCAUUGUAUCUGCUGUUGAGGAGGGCCGAGCCAUUUACAACAACAUGAAGCAGUUCAUCCGCUACCUGAUUUCCUCCAACGUGGGUGAGGUCGUCUGUAUCUUCCUCACUGCGGCCCUGGGUCUACCCGAGGCUCUGAUCCCGGUGCAGCUGUUGUGGGUCAACCUUGUGACAGAUGGACUUCCUGCCACCGCACUGGGCUUCAACCCUCCUGACCUAGACAUCAUGGGCAAGCUUCCCCGAUCCCCUAAGGAGCCCCUCAUCUCCGGCUGGCUCUUCUUCAGAUACAUGGCCAUUGGAGGAUUUGAUAAGAGAGCGCUUGAUGGAAACCUCUUCAACCCCCGCUGCUCCUCACGCUCUUGUCUCUGCUGUCUGUUCCUCCGUGCUGCUGUGGUUUUUCAGGCGUCUCUCCCCGCCACUUUCCUGUGGCUCGUGGCUUCUCUCUGCUCGUGGCUUCCCUCUGCUCGUGGCUUCCCCGUCUAUUUUAUGCUCCUGCCUGCCCAUUAA